AUGUCAAUGAACGACAGUUUGAGAUUCGGCGUGCUACCACGUCAGCUACUCCUCGAAGCCCUUGAUUCGGUGCAGAAAGUCCUCUUUCCAAUAUCCAACCCUAAAUGCUACGCUCUUCUCCAAUCACUCAUUACGAAAUGUUCAUUCGACCCUGACUGCUUGCGUUUCGAGUCUAGUACAAUCCGUAACGAUGAUGAAAAGGACAUCUCCUAUCACUACUUUGGCAGCCGAUUUGUUGAGUUGUAUGAGGAACUCCAGAGACCGGCAACCCACAAUCCGCUGGAAAAGUGGCUAGAACGAAAAAGUGCGCCUCGAUAG